UGUGGUUUAUUUGGUACCUUGGUAACGCGAUAACUGUAAAAAGAUGAAGUCAGAAAUGAUCCUUUUGACAAUUGCAAUGAUUUUAUUUAAUAUCGAUAGUUGUUAUUGUGCUGGAACAAUGCUUUCUGAUGCGGAUUGUAAUGUUCACAUCAGAGCAACUAGUGUCACCCCAUCAGUAUACUCACUGCACUGGGUAGCACAUCAAUUAUCAAGUUUUUGCAAGACAUUUUAUAAAAUGAAGGUUACUUGUCAAAGUAUGAACUCGUGCAAGAAAUUGGUUCCCAGGAAUGAGACCUUAGUUCAUUAUUAUCCAGUAAUAGGGGAGACUGGACUAUUGACUGGACUCCACCCAAACACACUGUACAAUUGCUCUGCACAACUUCAAACAGGUAGCCGUAAACACGAACCAUCUCAGAGCUUUACUGUACAAACUGGAAUAGGAGCACCAGAGCGUCCCCUCAAACCCAAUAUCCGUAAAAAAGAUGAUAAUGCUCUUAUAAUAAAAGUAUACAAUAGUUCCACCUGCAAUGGACCAAUAAGUGGGUAUGAGCUACAGUUUCAUGUAGCAGACACAAUAUCACUUGAUAAAGACAACCUUCCAUUAAUACCUGAAGACCAGCUCAAACCGCUUAGUGGCAAUCUAGCAUCUCUUGAAGAAGCAAAAAAUAAUAAAAAGGCCUCAUCAUUUUAUAUAAGAGAAAGAGUAAUUCAUGACAUUACCAUUAAUACAAGGUCACUCAUGAGUGGAGCUUUAAAAGUCAACAGUACUUAUGUCGUAAUCACUAGUGUCUACACUCGUGUACAGGAUCAAGAGUUAUUGUAUUCAUACAGUUUACCUUCAGACCCAAUUACAUUUAAAACUGAUGAACUACCAACAAAAGAGAGUGAUACAAAUGAUGAUGAGUCAUUCAGUGAAAGAUAUGGACAAAGGCUCCUUUAUGUAAUAGCAGGUGCUUCACCUUUUGGUGUGAUACUGUGUAUGUUUGCGUUAAUCUGUUUAAUAUGGAGGAUCAGAUCAAACAGACUCAAAAAUAAAAGGAAUAAAAUGUACAUGUAUGAGCCACUAAAGUUGUCUGCUAUUAGUGAGAGGAAUAUUCACAAUCAUCAAUCAGCAACAUGUUAUACAAUACCAGGAUCACCUGAUCUGGUCUCACCUUAUUUCUCCCACUCACCUUAUCCGCCCACACACAUUGAACCACCUCGAUCACCACGUCCACCCUCACAGAGGCGAACACCAUUACACAACCUACUGUACUACCAAUAUAACAAUGAUGAUGAUGAUAAUGAAUUAAUUGGCAUCUCAAUCUCUCCAAGACCUCAAUUUGUUCCUCCUUUAGAACUAACACCACCAAUAGACCAUUCAUUGACCAGUGUACAACCAACAGACCAUUCAUUGACCAGUGUACAACCAAUAGACCAUUCAUUGACCAGUGUAUCACCACUAAACCACUCAUUGGCCAGUGUACAACCCAUAGACCAUUCAUUGACCGGUACAUUAUUAGUAAAUCAUUCAUUGACCAGUGUGCUACCAGUAGAUCAUUCUUUGACCAGUGUAUCAUCAGUAGAUCAUUCGUUGACCAGUGUAUCAUCAGUAGAUCAUUCGUUGACCAGUGUAUUACCAGUAAACCAUUCUUUUACCAGUGUACUACCAGUAAAUCAUUUGGUGACUAGUGUAUCAUCAGAUCAUUCAUUGACUACUGUAUUACCAGUAGACCAUUCAUUGACCAGUGUACCACAAAUAAACCAUUUCUUGACCAGUGUACCACCAGUAGAUCAUUCGUUGACCACUGUAUCAUCAGUAGAUCAUUUGUUGACCAGUGUAAUACCAAUAGACAAUUCAUUGGCCAGUGUACCACAAAUGAACCAUUCGUUGACCAGUGUACCACCAGUAGAUCAUUCGUUGACCAGUGUAUCAUCAGUAGAUCAUUUGUUGACCAGUGCAUUACCAGUAGACCAUUCAUUGACCAAUGUACCACAAAUGAACCAUUCGUUGACCGGUGUAUCAUCAGUAGACCAUUCCUUGACCAGUGUAUUACCAGUAGACCAUUCAUUGACCAGUGUAUCACCACUGGGACCAAUGUCACCAACCAUUCAACCAUUAUUACAAUCACCAAUGUCACCCACAACUCCACCUGCUGGAGCAGCUAAUAAGCCACACCAACCACCACACAUAGCAGUUCAUAGGGCAUGCCCACCAUUAAUAAAGUCGUAUUCUUCUCCAGUAAUAGUACCCAAUACACAGUCUCCUCCCAUUACUCAACCUCCUUCAUUAAUGACUCCACCUCCUUUAGUAACAGCCCCAUCUACCUUAUUAACAACUCCGCCCACCUUAUUAACAACCCCAUCCACCUUGUUAACAACUCCACCUACCCUAUUAACAACCUCGUCCGCCUUGUUAACAACUCCAGCAUUAUUUUCAUCAUUAUCUCCUGGGGACAGUGGCCUAAUAGACCAAGCCCCUGACCUUGAGAUGCAAUUCAGUGAGUUGAAUCUUUAUCCAUGCUCUCGUAAUAUCUCACCUUUACAAAUACCUGACUCCGCCCACUUGCCCAACCUACAAGACGAUAGUUCUGUUAGUUCAUCUUCUAGUUAUUACUUGGCUCCUGAAAUACCUCAUGAAUAUUCAUCAGCUUAUGUCACUGCUAAUACUUCUCCAGCUGAAUCUUUCUUCCUAGCACCUCAAGAACCUUUUAAAAAACCUGAGAAUCCUCAAGAGAAUACUGAGGAAGUGGGCGUGGUUCAUUCUCCAAUGACAGAUACGCUUCCUUCAGCAAUGAAUGUACUUGAGUUUUUGACACCUCCAAUGUCGCCAUGGCAACCAAAAAACACUCUACAACUUUUAGUGUCUGAUGAAUACUAUCAAUCUUGCAAUGGAUUUGAGAAUAAGGAAAGAUGCAUCAAUGAUGAAGUUAUAGAAUGUAGCAAUGAUGCUGAAAGGAAAGGAUUCUAUUCAAUUUAUAAUAUGGAAAGUGACUACAGUCUGGACUGCAGUGGUGCCAAUAUCAGUGAAGCUCCAGUCAUUAAUGGAGAUAACAUUAUUAAUGGAGAUUGUGAUGAAGAAGAAGGAAACGAGUCAAAGAGGAAUGGCUCCUUUAUAAUUAACGUGAAAGCACUAGAAAGAUUAAUUAAUGUAGAGAGAAGCAGCUCAUCAUCUUUAGAAACAAUUAAUUAAUACAACAACAAUAAUAAUAAUCUUUAAAAUGGAAUAAAAUAACAGACAAUAAUUAUAGUUCAUGUAUCACAGCAAUAAUAAUAAUAAUAAUAAUAAUAAUAAUAAACACAGCACUAAUGUGAUGUAUAGCAGAGGAAAUAAAGAACAUGACAAAAAUA